UGUCAUUUGUUUUCAAUGUCGAGUCAAAAGCUACAAGAAUGCCCAAAGCCUAGGCAAUGUUCAGACAACAUCAGCAAUGAUCCGGACUACCAACCCCAACCAUCUACAUCCAGACAGCCAUUUAGCCCAUUAUCAAUCAGAUGGGUGGUCGAAUCGGCAAACGCUAGAAUCAAGGGAUUCAAAUAUCUAGAUCAUGUGAUGCCAAAUAGCCAGCUGCCAUUUAUUGGUGACUUUGUUAAAAUUGUUUGCGCCAUCUCAAACAAAUACUUCCCCCCUCUAAGUUCCCCAGACCAAGUCGAACAAGAUGAAUUGAUCGCCGAAAAGAUGCUGCAACAAAAUGAAAAAGAAAACGAGCUGAAAAUGUUAGUAGAAGAGAAAGGUCUUGCUAGGAAAAAGACAAUUUGGCGGCCUAUUGAAGAUUGUGAAGUACAGGGAUUUCCGCGUUUAAGUGAUGAACAGCUAAGUGAACUAACACUUGGUGGUUUACCAAUUGCGUUUGAGUUCCAGCUACAUGCAAGAGCAUACAACUGGAAAUUGUGACAUUAAAGUGCAUGUUCACGAGCAAAGUUUGAUUUCUGCAAAAUUGCAAAGUCGCCAUACAUCUAGCAGAAUGUACAUGCUGUGGAUACGUCACAGUGAGGAUAUGGUCGAAUCAUGGUACUGCCAAUGCAAGACUGGAUCGCGAGUGGUUGGAAUGUGUUCACACAUUGCAGCUGUGGUCUGGUUCUUGUCUGCCGGUAGAUAUCAGCAAAAGGAAAGUUUGGGGUUCGAGACUGGGGAAAGUACCUGUCUGACGCUUCUGCAAUUCGUAUUGAUGAUUCAAGUUCUAGCGAGAGUGAUAGCGAAGUUUUUUAGACUGAUUAUAUUUCAUUCUACCAGGGUCUCCAUGCGCGUUUCAUAUACAAGUUUUUAAGCCUUGGCUUUGUGUUAGCACUGGGAUACCUUGAGACAUAAGUGGAAAUUGCUCAUUUUGACAAUAACGUCAUUUUCAAUUGGGACCUGC